AUAAAUCCAAUGAAUUUUAUCGGUUCUGUAAUUGCCACGGCCACUGCUGCAAACGCUGCUGCAACAGCGGUCCAUGCUGCUGCAGCUCCCAUAGCUGCCGGAGCUAUCACCACGGCGAAAAACGUCGGUUCUGCCGCCGUGACUUCUACAGCAACGGCCGUCCAAGCUGCUGCAACCGCCUUCAACGCUGCGGCAGGUCCCGUAAUGGUUGCCGGAGCUGUCACCACGGCGAAAAACGUCGGGUCUGCCGCCGUGACUACUACAGCAAAUUAGGUUGGAGAAAAGGCAUUGUCUCAGGGUCCCGACAUAAAAAAUUGAAACCGAAUUCUUCUCCUGGAGCUUCUCCGUUUGUUCAUCUUCUUCUUCCACAACCGAGGAUGUAUCCAUGGAGUAGGUAUGACUCUGGAGCCAAAAAGAGAGCAAGAAGAGCAAGAUUAGAAGCAUCGAACAAGCCUCAAACAAAUGCAUUGCACAAGUAUUUUAAAAAAACUGAAAAGCUUGAUGAACCUGUGGGAAAUGAUGAUGAGUUUGAUGAGCAUAUGGAUGAUGAGAAUCAAGAAACUGAUGGGAACGAAGAAGAUGAUGGGAAUCAAGAAACUAGGGCCCCAUUUUUUAUCUCGUCUUAG